AUGGACGAUCAAGAAAAACUGAGCGGGUCACCCGACCCGGUUUUGAGGACCCGGUGGAUCCCCAAGCCGGAGCAAAUCCUCAUCCUCGAGUCCAUCUUCAACGGCGGCACGGUCAACCCGACCAACAACGAGACCGUGAGAUUCCGGAAGCUUCUUGAGAAGUACGGCCCGGUUGGGGAUGCCAACGUCUUCUACUGGUUCCAGAACCGCCGCUCCAGGACCCACCGCCGCCGCAGGCAGAUUCAAGCUGCCGCCGGCGACAUUACUCGCGGCGGCGCGGUUCGGGGUGAUAAUUGUGAUCCUCUUUUGUGCAGUUAUGGUCCGACGAUGGAUACAAGCGCGGGUAUGAGCCCUUCCUCGUCUUUUGGGCCCAUUGGUGUAGGUGCUGAUUCUACCAGUAACGGGCCUCUCUCGUUCUUGGGCCACCCAACUUGUUUUCAGGAGGUCCAGCAGGAUUCGGGUUUCUGGGCCCAGGAUUCUUCCAUUUCCCAUUACGGUGUGAUUACAGUGUUUAUAAAUGGAGUAGAGACAUCUGUUAGAAUGGAGCCAUUGGACACGAAGACCAUGUUUGGUGAAGGCUUUAUACUGUUCCAUUCAUCAGGAGUUGCAGUUGAAGUUGACGAGCGUGGAUUUUUACUGCAGCCCUUGCAUCACGGUGAAAGUUAUUUCCUGGUUCCACGACAUUAG